AUGGACAUCGUUAUCAAAUUAAACAGUCAAACCGUAGGAAAGGAUAAAAUUGCAAGAUUAUGCCAAUACUCCUGUCGAGCAUUAUGGGCCAGCAAGGAAGCAUCCGAAUCAAAAGAAUCUAUUGAACUGUUAAAACAUAUAGAAAGCACUUUAAGCUCAUUCCGAAAAUUACUUCGCUUUGGAAAAGGUUUCGAAGUUUUAUACAGUGCGACGGCAGGCUUGCAAUUGAAAGACAAAUCUCAUCAUAUAUUUAUUGUCUUGGGAAAAAUCACUUCGGGACUGUUUUUAUUAGCUGAUCACGUCGUUUGGCUAUCUCGGUCAGGUAUCUGGAAAGGCGUCGAUACUACAGAAUGGGUAAAACGUUCCAACCGAUUCUGGCUCUUUUCAAUUAUCAUGAACUUGUGCCGAGACAUGCAGGAACUUCGCCGACUGUUCAUGUACUACAACCGAUCAAAUAUUUGCAACCUGCAGCAAACACUAUCCCUUAUUUAUGGCGAUAAGCCACUGCUUGUUGAUACAGUUAAAAACGUUUGCGAUGUGUUUAUUCCGCUGAACGGCCUGGGCAUUGUGAAGGUUUCCAAUAAAACCAUUGGACUGCUUGGAGCGAUUUCGUCGAUAAUGGGUUUGCUACCAUUACUGCAUCCAAGACUAAAAUUUUAG